AUGACAGAUCCUAAAAUGAUUUAAUUAGAAUUAUAGACACCUCAUAUUCUAAGUAGUUAAGAUCAAAGAGAAAUAUAAAAUUUAUUUGGUAAUAAAAAUAAAUAAGAAUAGAAUAUUAGUAUGAUAAUGUUGAAACAAAAGGAAAUUAUGCCUAGAAAUAUCAAUCAAAAAAUAGAAAAAUAACUUCUAACAGACCAGAUUAUUAACUACCUGAUAAUGGUAUUCAAACAUCUAAAUAUACUUUGUUAAAUUUUUUUCCAAAAUAAUUAUUUGAGUAAUUCUCAAAACUAGCUAAUGUUUAUUUUGUGGUAUGUUAUUAAAGUUAUUUUUUAGUUAAUGGGGGCACUUUAAAUGGUUCCAGAGGUUUCAAUAAGUUCUGGGAUACCAACAAUAUACUUACCAUUAGGUUUUAUAAUAUUAGUCAGUGGAGCAAAAGAUUUCUAUGAAGAUUAUAAACGUAGGAAGUCAGACAUAGAAGAAAAUAAACUAUAAGUGACUGCAUUUGAUGGAACUAAUUUUAUUGAAAUUCCAUCAUUUAAUCUAAGAGUAGGUCAGAUAGUAAAGGUUCAUUAGGAUGAGAUAAUACCAGCAGAUAUGUUAUUGUUAAGAUCCAGUGAAAAGAAAGGAAUAUGUUAUGUUGAAACAAAAUCUUUAGAUGGGGAAACAAAUUUAAAAUAAAAGAAUGUACACUCUGAUUUAUUACAAACAUUCAAAUCUGAUGAUUGUUUUGGUUAAUAAGAUAAAAGAAUAAUCUUAAAAUAUUAAGCUCCUACUCCUUAUUUGUAUAAAUUUAUUGGUGAAACUACAACAUUUAAUCUGUAGGUUUCUUCAAUAAAUUUUAAUAAUUUUUUAUUAAGAGGAUGCAAUUUAAGAAAUGUGAAAUAUAUUUUUGGAUUAGUAGCAUAUACUGGACAUGAUACUAAAAUAAUGAUGAAUUCUUUCAAAGCAAGAACAAAACGAAGUAAAUUAGAAGUAUUAAUGCAAAAAUUCAUACUUAUGAUUUUCAUAAUCCAAUUUAUAAUGUGUAUAAUUGCAUCUCUAGUUUAUUCAAUUUAAUAUUACAAUAAUAGAAAGACAUUAAAUUACUUAUAUAUUGAUGUUAACACAUCUGAAUAUACAAUUCCAUAUAAUUUUUUUGUAAGAUUUGGUAAUUGGAUGCUUAUUUUUAAUAAUUUUGUUCCAAUUUCUUUGUUAGUUACAUUAGAAAUGGUUAAAUUUAUUUAAGGUAAGAUAAUGAGUCUAGAUGAAAAGUUAAAUUAACCAAGAGUUUAAACAUCAAAUUUAAAUGAAGAACUUGGAUAGAUUGAGCAUAUUUUUAGUGAUAAAACAGGAACCUUGACAUGUAAUAUAAUGGAAUUCAAAUAAAUAAUUAUGUAAAUAAUAUAAAUUAAAUUUAGAGGAAAUUAAAAUUAUGGAGAUAUUUUAAAAAGUUCAGAAAAGUAUAUAACAGAUGAAGAAAUAUAAAAUUAUCCUUUCGUUAGUAAUGUAGAUUUUAGAGAUAAAACACUUAUAGAGGCUAUUUAAGAUAAAAAUCAUGUAAUGAAUGAAAAAGUAGUGGAAUGUUUAAUGAUGAUAUCAAUAUGUCAUACAGUUAUUUCUGAAUAGAGAGAUGGAAAAUUAGUGUAUAACGCUACAUCUCCAGAUGAAUUAGCAUUAUUAAACUUUGCUCGAUUUGUUGGGUUUGAAUUUUUGGGGACAGAUGAGAAUAAUAUAAAAAGAGUUAGUUUUUAAGAUUAGAUGAUUGAAUAUUAAUUAUUGGAAACAUUUGAAUUUACAUCUUAAAGAAAGAGACAAUCUAUAUUGGUAUAAGUAAUAAAGACAAAAGAAAUUUAUUUAUUUUCUAAGGGCGCAGAUUCAGUAUUAUUAGAUUAUGUAAGAUUGUCUAAUGAAGAAUUAAAUAAGAAUGAAUAUCAUUAGUUAGUUUAGAGACUUGAGGAGUAUGGUAAAAUAGGUUUGAGAACUUUAGUAUUAUCUAAAAGGAAAUUAGGGAAAGAGGAAUAUCAGGAAUGGCAUAAGCGUUAUCAAUAAGCAACAUAAUUAAUAGAAAAUAGAGAGGAGAGAAUGUAGAUUUUAUAAGAUGAAUUAGAAAAAAAUUAUGAGAUUUUAGGAGCAACUGCAAUAGAAGAUAAAUUGUAAUAAGAUGUAGCUGAUACAAUAGCUGCAAUAAAAGCUGCUGGUAUUAAAGUUUGGGUAUUAACAGGAGAUAAAAUUGAAACUGCCAUUAAUAUAGGUUAUUCUUGUUCUUUAUUAACAAAUUAAUUAGUAUAACAUAUUGUAGAUGAAAAAGAAGAAGCUUUAAUUAAAGAAAGAUUAGAUGAUAUUCUGAAUAAGAUUGGUUCUUAAGAUUUGAAUUAAAGAUAUGCUCUUAUUAUAUCAGGAGAUGCUUUAUUACAUGCAUUAAAACCAGAUAUUCAAAAAAAAGUAUCAGAAAUUGGAAAAUGUUGUGAGGUAGUUUUAUGUUGUCGUGUAAGUCCAAAAUAAAAAUAAGAUGUUGUAACAUUAAUUAGAAAUUAAAAUCAAUAAUGUUCAACUUUAGCUAUUGGAGAUGGUGCGAAUGAUGUUAAUAUGAUAACAGCUGCUCAUGUUGGAGUUGGAAUAAGAGGUGUUGAAGGAUAAUAAGCAGCUAGAGCAGCUGAUUAUAGUGUAUAAGAAUUUAGAGAAUUAAGAAGACUUUUAUUUUAUCAUGGUAGAGAAUGUUAUCGAAGAAAUAGUGUUUUGGUUUGUUAUACAUUUUAUAAAAAUAUUUUAGUUGUUUUGCCUUAAUUUUGGUAUGGAAUUCUCUCUAUGUAUUCUGCUUAAUCUCUUUAUGAUACUUUUAUUUAUCAAUUAUUUAAUAUUUUGUAUGGUGCUCUACCAAUUAUGAUAUAUGGUAUAUUUGAUGAAGAAUAUGAUGCUGAUUAAUUAACAGAUAAUAGAAUUUAAAAUUAUUAUCAAUAAGGUCCUAAAGGAUUGUUAUUUAAUAUUUAAAUUGUACUAUUUUGGAUAUUUUGUGGAUUUUGGUAAACAGCUAUUGUAUGUUUCUUUCCAACUUAUUCAAUAUCAUAAAAUUUUAUUGAUGAUAAUGGAUUUACUCAUCAUCUUUGGGCUUAAGGUACUAUGAUUUUUGGAAUGGUUAUUGUUGUAUGUAAUUUAAAAAUAUUAAUAUUCUCGAAUACAUAUACUCCUGCAUUAUUAGUAUUUUUAUAUCUAAUAUUAUUUAGGGUAGUAUUGCUUUUAGUAUGAUAUCAUAUCUACUCUCAUGGAUAAUAUUAGAUAAUUUACCAUCAGCAGAAGCCUAUGUAGUAUUUGAAUCGUAAAUUAUUUUAUUAUUAAAUUAGCCUGUUUUUAACUCCAUAUUUUCACUUUGGAAAUAUUUUAGUAAUUGCAUCAAUUUGUAGUAUUGAUAUUGCAUUGAAUAUUAAAUUAAAUAGAGUGUUAUCUAAAGUUAAUAAAAAUAUGUCUUUAAGAUUGCCUUAUUAAUAACCCACUAUUUAACCUUAAUCAUAUAAACCAUCUGGAUAAGUUACUAAUUAAAAACAUACGGGGUUUGCUUUCAAUUGUUUGGAUAGAGAUGAAUUAGAAAAUCAAGAUAAAAUGGAUUUAUAUGGAAUUGAUAAUUAAGUAGAAUCUUAACAUGGAUGA